CUCACUGCUCAUCACCCUCUCGCUUCCUGGCUAUCCCGCCUUUGGAGUGUCCCCUCUGCCCUCUCUCGUUCCCUACUGGCUUCAUUUCAGCUGUAUCUUCAAUUUUUUAAAGUUUUUCUCUUUUUCGGAGCCAAUUGAUUGCUGCUUGGUGUUUUAGCCCGCACGACAAGUUCCAGCUCCCCAAUGGCGCCCACGUCUGAGACCGCGACCCCUAUUGGGAUUGCCAACCUCCCAAACCAGCGACACAAGAUCGUUGCAAAGCGAGGGGCAGCUUUUACUAUUAUGGUUGCUGGAGAGUCAGGCUUGGGAAAGACGACGUUCAUUAACACUCUUUUCUCAACCACGAUCAAAAACUACGCCGAUCACAAACGCCGACAUCAGAAGCAGAUUGAUAAAACUGUCGAAAUCGAAAUUACAAAGGCCGAGCUGGAAGAGAAAUUCUUUAAAGUCCGGCUAACCGUUAUUGAUACGCCUGGCUUCGGUGACUAUGUCAACAACCGCGAUUCAUGGAUGCCAAUUAUCGAAUUCCUUGACGACCAGCAUGAAUCCUACAUGCUGCAGGAACAGCAGCCCCGCCGUACUGACAAGAUCGAUCUCAGAGUGCAUGCUUGCUUGUACUUCAUCCGCCCCACGGGACACACGCUGAAGCCCCUCGAUAUUGAAGUGAUGAAGCGUCUCAGCUCACGGGUUAACUUGAUCCCAGUAGUUGCCAAAGCAGAUACUUUGACUCCCUCUGAUCUCGCACGUUUCAAGCAGCGGAUUCAAGCCGUGAUCGAAGCCCAGGGUAUUAAGAUCUACCAACCACCCGUGGAAGAGGAUGACGAACAAGCCGCCCAGCACGCUCGGAGUCUGAUGGCUGCUAUGCCGUUCGCCGUUAUCGGCUCAGAAAAGGAUGUGAAAGCUGCUGAUGGCCACAUCGUCAAGGGCCGUCAAUAUUCUUGGGGUGUUGCGGAGGUUGAAAACGAGGAACAUUGCGAUUUUAAGAAGCUUCGCUCUAUCCUUAUCCGAACACACAUGUUGGACCUAAUUCACACCACAGAGGAACAACAUUACGAGGCCUACCGUGCACAGCAAAUGGAGACGAGAAAGUUCGGAGAAGCUCGACCAAGAAAAUUGGACAAUCCCAAAUUCAAGGAAGAGGAAGAGACUCUGCGAAAGCGAUUCACAGAGCAAGUCAAGAUAGAAGAGCAGAGAUUCCGACAAUGGGAACAGAAGCUCAUCGCGGAAAGAGAUCGUUUGAACAAGGAUUUGGAAAGUACCCAUGCAGCUAUCAAGCAGCUGGAACAAGAACUCGAGCAAAUGCAGGGCUCUGCAGUUCGCAGCCACGGUCGUCGUUAAACCAAACUUGCUGGUUUUUAGUUUUAAACCCCUUACUUCGGAUAGCAGUUUUCUGUACUUUGUGAACCUUUAUUAUUUUUCGCAAGGUUGUAUUAACCUAGACUGGAAUCCCUGCUGCUUUUACGUCAAAAGGACUGAUCCAUCUUUUGGCCUUUAUAUCCCUAAUAGUUAGCGAUUCUUGCCAGAUCCAUUCAUAA